AUGUUUAAGCUCGCCCGUAGCAAGCCAAUUGCUGCGGCUUUCAGAUCCGCCGUCGAGUCACCUCUUCGCACCAGAUUCGCUCAGUCGCAGCGAAGGAACCUCUCCAUACACGAAUACCUCUCCGCCAACCUCCUCAAGUCUUAUGGCGUCGGUGUUCCAAAGGGUGAAGUUGCCCGCAGCGGCGAAGAGGCUGAGGCCAUCGCAAAGAACAUCGGUGGUGAGGAUAUGGUUAUCAAGGCCCAGGUCCUAGCUGGUGGCCGUGGAAAGGGUACCUUCGACAAUGGCUUGAAGGGAGGUGUCAGAGUUAUCUACUCUCCAACUGAGGCCCGCAUGUUUGCCGACCAGAUGAUCGGCCACAAGCUGAUAACCAAGCAGACAGGUGCUCAGGGUCGUCUCUGCAACGCCGUGUACAUCUGCGAGCGCAAGUUCGCCCGCAGAGAGUUCUAUCUUGCCAUCCUGAUGGACCGUCAAACUCAGGCUCCCUGCGUUCCAGAGGCCGUUGAGACCAUCAAGAAGCUCUACAAGGUCUUCAUGGAGAAGGAUGCCACUCAGAUCGAAAUUAACCCUCUCUCAGAGACCUCCGACCACCAGGUUCUUGCUAUGGAUGCCAAGCUUGGUUUCGACGACAACGCCGACUUCAGACAGAAGGAGGUCUUUUCCUGGAGAGAUACCACCCAAGAGGAUGCCGAUGAGGUCAAGGCUGCCGAAUCUGGUCUCAACUUCAUCAAGUUGGACGGAGACAUCGGCUGCUUGGUCAACGGUGCUGGUCUCGCCAUGGCCACUAUGGACAUCAUCAAGCUCAACGGUGGAAGCCCUGCCAACUUCCUUGACGUCGGCGGUGGUGCCACCCCUGCUGCUAUCCGAUCUGCCUUCGAGCUCAUCACCAGCGACCCCAAGGUCACUGCCAUCUUCGUCAACAUCUUCGGAGGUAUCGUGAGAUGUGAUGCCAUCGCUCAGGGUUUGAUCAAUGUCGUCCAAGAGAUGAACCUCCGUACCCCCAUCGUCGCCAGACUGCAGGGUACUAACAUGGAGAAGGCCCAUGCUUUGAUCAGCGAAUCUGGCCUCAAGAUCUUCUCCAUUGAGGAUCUCCAGGUUGCCGCCGAGAAGUCCGUCCAGUUCUCCAAGGUCGUCAAGAUGGCCCGAGACAUUGAUGUCGGCGUUGAAUUCACCCUUGGUAUUUAA